UUUUUUGGUGGGGGUGGGGGUGGGUUGAAGUGUUUCUACUUAAACCUGUUCAGAGCAAAGGUAGUCUCAGGUAACAAGACGCGCCUUGACCCUAGAACAAGACUCAACAUUGUGGAUGAGCAUUACCGGUGGAUCACUGACCAGGAUGAAAGCAAUCAGGAUGAUAGCGAUGAGGACGGCCCUCGUGCUCUCCUGCCUGUUCCUGGCUGGCCGCAGCGCUACUUCAAUAGGGAGCCAGUCUGCCCCACGCCCCUGUGUGGUCCUGCGGACGGACCUGGCCCGGGGAGUGCAGCCUCCUGAGGGGAGAUUGGGAAGCGGCGGAGGGUGGGAGUGGGAGCCUGCCGGAGCCCCAGGCUCCAUCGCCGUGACUCAGGGCUGCACGCUGACGGUGUGGACAGAAGAGGGAGGGCACCAGACCUUCCCCAGUGGGACUCAAGUCCACCUCAAGGGGUGGGAAUGGAUCUCGCAGACCCUCGCGUUCCACUGCAGCUGUGAGAAGGAAGGUGUCCAGGGCCUGGGUGACCAGUGGGAAACAUUUAAGGAACAACACAUAGAUCCGACGGUGGAUCGUGGCAACAAUGCAUAUUGCAAUAAGAAGAUGGUCCGGGUGAAUUGGAAUGGAAAAUGCAAGCUGAAAAACACCUUAAUUCACGCCACAAAAGAAAACGUGAUUCAGGUGUGUAGGACCAGAAGGAUUGGUAUAUUUCAUUUUAGCACACAACCAUUCAACCUGACUGAGUGCAAACACGACAACACGAUGAAACCUUGCAAGUACAUAGCCAAGAAUGUCACAAAAAGAAUCGUAAUUGUCUGCCAGGGUGGAAAACCUGUCCACUUUAAUGGCACCAGGAAUGAAUCCAUUUAAAAGUAUGAUUGAAAGGGUUCAUUUCCUGAAAAUACCAGAAAUCAGGUAUCCUUUUCAGGUUAUCUUAUAUCUCCGUGUUGCACAAAAACCUCUUAGCAGUUUUUAGUAUUGCUGAGGUUUUUUGUAUUGCUGGCAUUUUUAGAUGAUGCAGAUGUCCCCAAAUGUACUUGAGUGACACACAAAUGAUAAUCUUGUCCAUGGUAUAAAAUGAGAGCACUUGUUUUGAGAUGUUAAAUGUAAAUGUGUCUUUGGCUUUGCUGCAGCUUGUUGCUAUGAUGUGUAAUUCCAGCAAGUGAACAUUUAUAACAAUAAAUAAAAUAUAUAUAUUUUUUUUUAUAUUGUUCACUUACAUUUCACCAGGUACUGGAUAUGUAAGCAAUCAAAUAAAGUGAGACGCGGGUGAUACUAACA